UCAGUGCAGUUCGGUGUGUGCCUCUGCUGGUUGUUCUUUCCCAAGCCUCUGGAUUUUCUAUUCCAGAAAACUAAUUACCCCCAAAAACUCAGUGAUUACCCCCUUCCCAUCCGCAGACCCUUCUCCCACUGACUCCAAAGAAUAGUUCGCGAAAAGUGAUUAAUAAUUCGGAAAAAUGUAGAGUGAAAACCUGAUUUUCCCAACGGAUUUUCGUCGCCAUGACCGGGAAAUUGGCAUUUUCCUCAGUUGAGCUGACAAAUUGGAUUAAUCUAGUCCAUAACAAACAAUAAUUAAUUCCUAAUCGAUUAAACAUUACGACUAAUAAAUAUUCAAUUAAAAUAACCUCAAAGGCUUCGAUUCGACCAAAAAACAGAAGGAAAAAAUUUAAGUGUUUUGAGAUUAUUGAGGUGUUUGGAAGUGUUAAAAAUGUACAAUUAAUUUAUUCAAACUUCUGAAUGAAGUAAUUAUUCAGUGAAAUUGACCGUGCGAUCCUUUAUUUCGUAAAUAAAAAGUAUCAAAAUGUCGGAUAACAUCAAGGUCGCAAUAAAAGUUCGUCCUUUGAUAAAGAGGGAGAAGAAGGACAAUCUGCCUGUGCAAUGGGCUAUUGACAACAACAAGAUCGCCCAGUUCGACGUUGAAACGAAGAAGAGAGGCGAGACUGAAUACACAUUUGAUUACAUUUUCGAUCAGAACUCCACCAAUGAAGAUGUCUUCAAAGCGACAGUUCAGCCUGUGGUGGAAGCAGCGAUGCGAGGGUUCAAUGGAACCAUUUUCGCCUACGGUCAGACCUCCUCCGGCAAGACCUACACGAUGAUGGGCACGAAGGAAGAGCCCGGGGUGAUUCCCCUGGCAGUGAAUGCGAUAUUCGACUGCAUUAUGAAAGACGAGACCCGAGAAUUUGUGCUGAGUGUCUCGUACAUUGAACUGUACAAUGAGAAGGUGAACGACCUCCUGGACACGAAGAAUCAGGACCUGAAGCUGCGCGAGGACAACGGCGAGGUAAGAAUGGACUGCAAGGAGGAGGUGGCGCACUCGGUCGAGGACAUCCUCAGGGCGAUGAAGAGAGGAGAGAAGAAUCGUAGUAUAGGCGAGACUAACAUGAACGAAAAAAGCUCGAGGAGCCAUACGAUCUUCAGGAUCACCAUCGGAAGUGUCCUCCGAAGUGAUCCCGAUGGAGAUGCCACCGUGGCUCAGUUGAAUCUGAUUGACCUGGCUGGAUCUGAACGAGCCAAGGAGACUGGAGCCACUGGAGACAGAUUCAAAGAGGGAAAGCACAUAAACCUGUCGCUCUCAACCCUGGGGCUCGUCAUCAAUCAGCUGAGUGAGAGUCAGGUCAAGGGCAAGGGGCAGAAGGUGGUGGGUCACAUCAGCUACAGAGACUCAAAGCUGACGAGAAUUCUGCAGUCCAGUCUGGGUGGCAACUCCCUGACUACUAUCAUCUGUGCUGUGACACCUGCGGCUGGGGACGAGACCUCUUGCACUCUGGCAUUUGCUCAGAGGGCGAAGGGCAUUAAGAACAAGCCCAAGGUCAACGAGACUGGCAGUGACGAGGCACUCGUGAAGAAAUUCAGAAAGCAAAUUCACAAGCUCGAGGAGAAUCUCAAGAAUAUGUCGAAGCAGUUGAGGGAGAAGGAGGAGAAACUCCAGGAUAUUGAGGUGCUCAAGGGGCGAAUUGAACUCCUCAAGACCAAAAUCCUCUCUGGGGAGGGGCCCAGGAGUGAGGGGAGGAAGUCCAAGAGUCAGUUCACCAGGCGGAGGACCUGGGGGGGCUCUGGGACCUCUCCGGCUGAUUCUCCAAUUAGUUUCCAAUUGCCAACUAUUCCGGAGAGUGAUUCACACUCUGAAGACCCUGAGGAGAAAAAACAGUACAUCAAGAGGAGGCAGAGUGUCUUCAGGAAUGUCAAGAUGGUGGCUGAUGAUGAGUCUUUCUCGACGAACUGGGAGGAUUUCGAGCUGCAGCUCAUCAAGGACGAGGAGGAGAAGAUGGCUCGGUGGUCCUGUGAGAGCACUGAUUUAAUUCAGGAUCCUCGGGAAAUCGACGUUCGUCGAGUGAGGUUCAUGGAGGAGCCAGAGUCAGUUCAUCCUGUCAACUCUGCCAAUGCUGAAUGCCCAACGACACCAGAGAAGAGUAAAUGUCCUGACAGUUCAUCACCAGAAACUCCUAAGACACAUCUUCGCCAUCAGAUAACAAAUCUCUGCGUCGAGUACAAUCAAUUGCGAUCCUACACGACUCUGGAGAAGCAGCUGCGCCAGGAGGAGCCGACCCCCCAGGAACCGAUGCUGGAAUUCAUCCAGAAAUCCCUUCUGGACAGUGAGCAGGUCUGCAGAGACAUAAAUAAGAAGUACUCAGAGUUGAAGAGUGAACACUCAAUUCUGAAGAGCGAGCACCAGGAGUCCUUAGCCCAGUGUGAGACCCUUCGAAAAACCAUCGAAUCCCUGACAUCAGCGAACGAGCAGCUGCCAACCCUAGAGUCUGAGAGGAAUUUCUUCAAGGCCAAGUUCACUGAGACGACGAAUAAAUUGAAAAUUCUGGAGGAUGAGACAUCCUCCCACGCGUAUGCCAUGGAACUCUUGAUUAAUAAACAUAAACUCAGGGAAAAAGAGCUGGAGAAGUCCCUGGAUUCCGCCUGGGAGGAGCUGAAAGCAGUAAAAGAUGGACAAAGUCAAUCAAUUGACAAUAAAAAUGACAAUAAUGACUCCCUAAAAAUUUUAAUCAAUGAUUUGACGAAUAAAUUGGCUUCAGCAGACGAGAAAAUCGAGGGAAUUACUAACGAAAACAAGGAAUUGAAGGAGAGACAAAACAUGUUGAUCUUAAGAGCCGAGGAAGAUGUAAAAAAUUACAAAGAAAUUGUCGAUGACUUAAAUGAAAAGAUCGAGAACUUGGAAAUGACUGUAAAAACCAAAGACAAUGAGAUUUCCGAUCUUCAGAAAUCAAUUUCUGCUUUAACUGAAACUCAUGAGAAAAUGUUGCUGGAGAAGUCUGGAGAACUGUCAGCAGUAACUGAGACCCUGGAAAAAGAAAUUAAACAUCUUCAGACUGAAAACGAAGCCCUCAAGCUGGAGUUGACCCAGAAGAGUCGAAAAGUCUCAUCCCCUGGAGCUCCAGAAAAUCCUCUGGAGUCUUCUCCAGCCGCAAAGACCAGAAUUCCACCCCUGGAGAGCUCAAAAUUACCGUCAGAACUGGAGGAAACAAAGCUCAAGCCUCAGGGGAAUGUCACAACCACUGAGAAGACACUACUGGAGGACAGCAUCAUUUCUAACACCAGCUUUUUCAACUCUUUCGCCCUUGAGAAGUCACUCGCCCCCACCGACUCAGUAUUCACCAACGAGACAAUGUCCGUCACUGCAAACACCACGAUAUCCACUAGUCUAAUUGACCCAGAGCAGAGUCUCCUUCAGGAGUCUCUGCUCCAAAGCCUGACAUCCAAAAGCCCAGAGCAAUUGGUAUCAGUGAUCAAUACCCUGGACAAGGAGAACAGACGACUGAUGAAAGAGUUUCAGCAGAAGGCACUGGAGAGUGAAGAGAUAAAAAAUUACAUUUCAACCUUCAAAGCUGACGUGGAAAAGCUUCGAGAAACUGUCAUAAUCCUGACGAACGAGAAUGCUGAACUUACGAUGAAACUGGAGCACGAGAAGGAUCACUCUGAUGAGAUAAAAAGAUCCUUUGAGAAGCAGAUGACAAAUGUCCUGGAGGAGAAGAGAAACCUGGAGACAUUGAACAAAAGUAUGAACAACUCUGGAAUCAAUCUCAUGAAUUUCAGUGUCUCCCCUGGGGACGAUCUCCAGGUAAAAAUCGAUUCGUUGAUAGCUGAGAACACCCAGUUGUCCUCUGAUUUCAUGGAGAAAUUGGAGGAACUGGAGGAAAUCAAGAGAAAUCUCGAAGCACAGAAGAAGAGGUGCGAGACAUUUGAGAAGGAGAAUGAAGAUCUUUCGAACAAUCUUAUGGAGAAGAUCGAGGAGUACGAGGGAAUCAUCAAGGGCCUCAAGGACGAAUUGUUAGUGAAGAGUGAUCACUGCAAGAAGUGCGGUCAUCUGGCUGAGUUGAUUCAAACACGUAGAGCUUUGAAGCAGGAAGUUAAAUCAGCAGAUAAAAAACUUGAGGAUUUGAAGGAGGAUUUUGAGAGGAAAUCAGCGAGUAUUGAGAAGCUGCAGGAGAAGGCGAAGGAGAACGUGAAUAUUUCUGGUCUUCUGGACGAUACCAUGUUCAAUGGAAGUAUUCUGGAGGCUCCAGAGGGUGUUGAUACUGUGUCGUAUGUAGAGGAGAAGGUGCAGAAGUUGCACAGUGAGUUGGAGGGCUUGAGGACUAAUUACGAUAGUUUGACGAUUCUCUACAAUCAGAAGUGCCAGGAGAUCGAGACACUGAGUGAUAAGAAGAUCGAUAAGGUCAGGGAGGAGGUGCAAAGACAUAGGGAUGAUCUCCAGAAAUUUAAGAAGUGCAUUAAUAAUGUGAGUAAUGCUCUAGAGAAGUUCAAGGAUGAGAAGUCGUUGGUUGAGGGCGAGAUGGAAGCUCUGAGGGAGGAGAAUAAACGUUUGAUGGAGAGGGUGAGAGAGGAGGAGAGAAUUGCCCUGGAGUCAAGGGCUGCUGGAGAAGCCAUGGAGACACUGCAGGGGACUGUCGAUACUUUGACUAAAGAUUUGAGGAAUUCUAGGGAUGAAAAUGGUCGUCUUGUUGAUGAAAUUUCAUCGCUGAAGUCACAGAUGACUGUUCGAGAUGUUUCUCCAGGACUCCAGGAACUGGAGGAGGUGAAGGAGUUUUUGAAGGGAGAGAUGUCGCAGCAGUUUGAGGAAUCCUCGAAGAUAAUUGAUUUAGUUAGGGUCUUGAUAUCGAUAAAAAAUGAUGAGAUAAUUCUCCAGGUUUCCAAAAAUUUUGCAGAAGAACUGGAGACCCUCCAGGAGUCUGUGAAAGCCUUGACUGAAGAUUUACAAAAUUCUAAGCAACAAAAUAGUCGUCUCAUCGAGGAGAUAUCUUCAUUAAAAUCACAGACAAAUGAUCAAGAUAUUUCUCCCGGACUCCAGGAACUGGAGGAGGCAAAAUCAUACUUGAUGCGAGAAAUGUCCCAGGAUUUCGAGGAAUCUGUAAAGAUGAUGGAUCUCAUAAAACUCUUCGUCUCCACAAAAACUCAUGAGGAAAAACUUCUCCAGGAUUCUAAAAGCUCUGGAAAAGAACUGGAGACUCUCCAGAAAUCUGUGAAAGCCUUGACUGACGAUUUACAACAUUCCAAGAAAGAAAAUAGUCGUCUCAUCGAGGAGAUUCCUUCAUUAAAAUCACAGACGAAUGAUCAAGAUAUUUCUCCAGGACUCCAGGAACUGGAAGAGGCAAAAUCCUACUUGAGGAGAGAGAUGUUCCAGGAUUUCGAGGAAUCUGCAAAGAUGAUGGAUCUCAUAAAACUCUUCGUCUCCACAAAAACUCAUGAGGAAAAACUUCUCCAGGAUUCCAAAAGCUCUGGAGAAGAACUGGAGACCCUCCAGAAAUCUGUGAAAGCCUUGACUGAAGAUCUACAACGUUCCAAAGAAGAAAAUAGUCGUCUCAUCGAGGAAAUUUCUUCAUUAAAAUCACGGACGAAUGAUCACGAUAUUUCUCCAGGACUCCAGGAACUGCAGGAGGCAAAAUACUACUUAAUGCGAGAGCUGUCCCAGGAUGUCGACGAAUCUGCAAAGAUGAUAGAUCUUAUAAAACUCUUCAUCUCCACGAAAACUCAUGAGGAAAAAAUUCUCCAGGAUUCCAACAGCUCUGGAGAACAACUGGAGAAUCUCCAGAAGUCUGUGAAAGCCUUGACUGAAGAUUUACAACAUUCCCAGAAAGAAAAUAGUCGUCUCAUCGAGGAAAUUUCUUCAUUAAAAUCGCAGACAAAUGAUCACGAUAUUUCUCCAGGACUCCAGGAACUGGAGGAGGCAAAAUCCUACUUGAUGCGAGAGCUGUCCCAGGAUGUCGAGGAAUCUGCAAAGAUGAUGGAUCUCAUAAAACUCUUCAUCUCCAGGAAAACUCAUGAGGAAAAAAUUCUUCAGGAUUCCAAAAGCUCUGGAGAAGAACUGGAGAAUCUCCAGAAGUCUGUGAAAGCCUUGACUGCAGAUCUACAAAAUUUCAAAGAAGAAAAUAAUCGUCUCAUGGAGGAGAUUUCUUCAGUAAAAUCACAGACAAAUGAUCAAGAUAUUUCUCCAGGAAUCCAGGAACUGGAGGAGGCAAAAUCCUACUUGAAAAAAGAGAUAUGCUCCCUCCAGUCGUCCCAAAAGUUCGACGAAUCCCCGCUGAUAGCCGAUCUGAUAAAACUCUUCAUCUCUACAAUAAUGGCAAAAGAGAGUGAAAUUAUCCAGAAAAUCCAGUCCUCCCACAAGAGGGAGAAACUCAAGCUGGAGGAGGAGAAGAAACAGCUGGUGGACGCGGAAAAAAGGUCGAUAUUGUGGGCGAAGGAGCUGGAGAGUGACGUAGAGAGACUUCAGCAAGAUUUUUCAACCCAAGAGUCGAAGAAAUCGUCCCUGGAGGAGGAAAUAUCACGUCUCAAGAACCUCUUGAAGGAGCUGCAGCACGAGAAGAACCUGCUGGACGAGAAGGUGAGGGUCAUGGAGACGGAUUACGUGACCCUCCAGUCGGAUCUGGAGAAGUACUCCAAACGGUCAUUCUCGGAGGAGUCUAAGUCGUUGAGUUUGGAAGAACAUGACAAGAUUCUCCAUGAGCUACUGAUGAACAAGGAUAUCGAACACUCGUCGAAGGUUCAUCAGCUGGAGCAGGGGCACAGGAUGAAGGUCGAGGAGUUGGAGAACUCUCUGGAGUGUCUCAAAACGAAGAACAUGGAGUUGAGGAGGAAUAUAGAGGGGCUGGAGGCCAACAAGGAGAAUUACCAAGCCAUCAUCGAUCUCAAGGCCAUUGAACUGGAGAAAUCAGUGGGCACCAUUGAUCGACUGGAGAAAGAGUUGGAGGAGGCGACAGCAGCCUGUGAUAACCUCAGGGGAAUAAACGAUGAACAUCUGGCUAAGGUCGAGGAGGUCACGCAACUCCUGAAGGUCAAGUGUGAUAAACUCUCGGAGAUGAAGAAUCAGAUUCAGGGAAUGACUCCAGAGUACGAGAGACUUAAGGACGAGUCACUGGAGAAUCAGUCGAGACUGGAGAAGUACAAGACUGAAAUUGAGUUCUUGAGGGGGGAGAACAUAAAACAGAGGGCCAUGUUGGGGGAGGUGCAGGAUGCCUUGAAGACUCAGGAGAUUAAAUCUGUGGGUCUUGAGAAACAACUUGCUGAGAGCAGGAAUCUUAAUGAGGUGGUCCAGGGGAAGUUGAGGGAUAUGGGGGAGAGGAUCGAGGGACUGAGAACGGAGAAUGAGACACUUGUCAGGAAGAUCAGGAACAGUACGAGCAAACUCACUGCUGAGAGGGAUCUCGAGGAUCUCAGGGAUGAAAAUGCUGGGUUGAAGAAGAGUCUCGAAGGUGCCAGCAACAGAAUUCUUGAGCUUCAGACCCAAAAAUCCCAACUCCUCUCCGAGAUAACGGACCUGAAAUCUGUUCUUGAUACCCAAAAAUCCCAACUGCAAGUCCUUCAAUCUGAGAACAAAAAAUUGGGGAAAGAGAACAAGGAGUUGGACGACGAGAUGGAACUCAUGCUGCAGAGAAUCCGAGAGCUGGAGGAUGACAAUGUCAAGAUGGAGAGAAAAUACUGGGACCUCAAGGAGGAAACAGCCUCCCAGGCCCCACCCCAAGGCCCAGAGUACAAUAUUCUGAAAGAAAAAUAUGAUAAAUUGUCGAAGGACUUUGAGUGUCAGUCGAUGACGUGCGAUUUAUUAACGAAAGAGAAUGCUGAAUUGAAGGUUAAAGUGAAUUCUGAAGGGCUGAGUCACUCCAGGAGCAACAGCUCGUCGAGGUCAGCUAGUCCCACUCCGGGUGUAUCAAUGAGGAGAAAGAGACGAAGUGAUCUUUUCAAUCAGAAUCGACCGCAGGAACUCGCCCAGGAGUUCGUCGUGACUGAGGAGAGAGAGUGCAAUUGUGAGAGCUUCAGGAAGACUAUUCUUAAUCUGGAGCACGAGCUGGUCCUCAAGAAGGGGAAGAUAACAGCUCUCGAGAUGAAGAUCGAGGGACUGUGCAUCCCCUACAAGAAGAGGUGCCAGGAUUAUCAGGAGACGCUGGGCCUAGCUAAGCAGAAUAUUCAGCAGUUGCAGAAGGAGGUCAACAGACUCAGGGAGGAGCAGGGCAAAGCCAGCAACUGCGAGAAGUGCAAGUUCUGGAGGAACAACAGGAGGGAUGCGGAGACGCAGUGCAUUCCAGAGGUCAUGACCGGGUUCAUGGCACCCAAGUCUGGAAUUAUCCAGGACCAGGUGAUGAUUAAUAAGAAAAUUGAGAAAUUAGAAAAGGAGAAAGGAAUUCUGAAGGGCCUGUGCAUUUCUCGUCGUUCAGAGAUCCACGUGUUGGAGAAAAAAGUGAAGGAGCUGGAGCUUCAGUUGCAGUCCUGUGAGACUAGGUCUGGUGAUUCCCUUCAAUCUAAUGGCAAUAUCAGUGAAGAAUCGAAAGAGAACGUGCCUUCAAACAUCAUGGACAUCAUGGGACAGUCUAAGUCUUCUUCAUCCCGUUCGUACAGACUAAACCAGUGAUUGAUAAAUUACGUUUUGCAAGAGUAUUUAAUAAGUCAAUUGGAUGAGUUAUAUAUUAAUUUAAUCAAGUGACCUUAGUAUUAUGUUAUGUGUAUUUGUGGAGUAUGUCAGUGUUCACUAUGCAGAAAGUAUUUUUAUUGAGAAUCACGAAGGAUGAAAUAUAAUUUCUAUUAUCUUUUGCAAUGAAAA